AUGAUUGAAAACACGCCACCGAAAACAUACUACGCUUUCUAUGCGGGAAACGAGUCGAAUGCGGUGACCUGCAUUAUUGGAGGAGUAACACACCCGAUGCUGGUUGACUCUGGAGCAGAGGCAAACCUGAUUACCAGUGACGCUUGGGAGAAGUUCAAAUUAGCCGGAAUCCAAGUAAUCAGCAGCAACAAAGGUAGUGACCGUGUGCUAAAGAGCUACGCCAACAAUGUGCCUCUAACGGUGUUAGGUACGUUCAAAGCAGUUGUCCGGGCCGGAUCCCGGUCUGUAGAAGCCGAGUUUUUUGUGAUCCACGGUGGUCAACGUUCGCUUUUGGGAGACACUACAUCCAAGCAGUUGGGAAUAUUGAAAGUUGGUUUAGAGAUUGAUCGCGUCACAGUUUUCCAACCUAUGAGGAGAGUUCCCGUGGCAAUGGAGGAAGCUGUCAACUGUAAGCUGGAGGAGCUAAUUGCGAGGGAUAUUAUAGAGGAGAAAAAAGGCCCGGUAACCUGGGUUUCUCCGUUGGUAGUGGUUGGUAAGGCGAACGGGGAACCCAGGAUUUGUCUGGAUCUAAGAAGAGUGAAUGAGGCUGUGUUGAGGGAAAGACACCCAAUGCCAAUGAUUGACGACUUCCUGGCUAGAGUCGGACCAAACAUGGUCCGUAGCAAAUUGGAUGUCAAAGAUUCCUUCUUACAGCUCGAGCUCGACGAAGCAUCAAAAGAUGCGAUGGUGUUUUUGACGUCGCGAGGUAUGUACCGCUUCAAACGUAUGCCUUUCGGCUUAGUAUCGGCUCCGGAGGUUUUUCAAAAAACUAUGGAUGCGAUAUUAGCUGGUUCAGAUGGUACCUGGUGGUACAUCGACGACGUGUACAUCGAAGGCAAGGACAAGCAGCAGCAUGACGAACGUGUUGCUAAGGUGCUGGCAAAACUGAAAGCAAGGAAUGUGCAACUAAAUUGGGAUAAGUGCAUUUUUGGGGUCACCGAGCUCGAGUUCCUCGGUCAUAAAAUAACGGGAACGGGAAUUAUACCAUCGGAUGUUAAGGUGGAAGCUUUGGUUACGUUCCGAAGACUUGAGAGCGCUAAUGAAGUUCGGAGCUUUCUAGGGUUGGCCAACUACUUAAAUCGGUUCAUACCAAACUUGGCGACAGUAGACUCACCGCUAAGAGAACUAACAAGGAAAGGAAAUCCGUUCAACUGGCUGGACAAGCAUGAGAAGGCUUUCAACGAAAUCAAGACAAUACUAUCAGAUCCGUCCACGUUGGGUUUCUACCAAAAGGGAGAUAGGACGCUGGUGAUGGCUGAUGCUAGUCCUAUUGGACUCGGGGCAUUGCUGAUUCAGGUAGACAAGCACGGCAAACAUCGAGUGAUCAGUUAUGCAUCUAAAUCCCUGACCAGUACGGAGAAACGGUAUUGUCACACGGAAAAAGAAGCUCUCGCUUUAGUUUGGGGUGUUGAGAAGUUCUACAUUUAUUUGUAUGGGAUUGAGUUUGAAAUUCUGACCGAUUGCAAAGCUCUCAUCUAUCUGUUUACACCGCGAUCACGACCUUGUGCCCGAAUCGAAAGAUGGGUGCUACAGCUGCAAGGAUUCGAUUACGUAGUAACGCACAUUCCAGGCGAUCAGAACCAAGCAGACGUGUUGUCGAGGCUGUCAACACUGCGACCAGUAGCUUUCGACCAGCGAGAGGAAAUUAUGAUCACAGAGAUAACGGAUUACGCUGUAAACGCGGUGGCUGUUCCAUGGGGACGAAUGGUAGAAGUUUCCAAAGUGGAUGAGGAAAUCCAGCAGGUUUUGGAUCUUAUGGGACAAGAUAAACGUGACGAACUGCCAAUCGAAUUCCGGAUGUUCGCUAAUGAACUUUGCCAAGUAGGAGAUCUUUUAUUACGCGGAGAUCGUAUAGUUGUUCCACGAGCAUUACGAUCACGGGUUCUUCAAAUUGCGCAUGAGGGUCACCUGGGUUCCUCAAUGAUGAAAUCAACGUUGCGUUUAUCAGUAUGGUGGCCCAAGAUGGACAGAGAGGUAGAGAACUUUGUGAGGAAUUGCCGAGGAUGCAUAUUGGUAUCUGCACCAGACGUACCGGAACCUAUGACAAGGAAACAGCUGCCGGAUGGACCCUGGAAGGAAAUAGCUAUCGAUGUUUUGGGACCACUGCCGGAAGGUCAAUGGCUUUUUGUAGUAGUUGACUAUUACAGCCGUUUCGUAGAAGUAGUAGAAAUGUGGGACAUUACAGCUUCUGAUACAAUCCGAGAACUAUCGACGAUGUUCGGUCGUUUCGGAGUUCCGAUCACAAUGAGACCCGAUAAUGGACCCCAAUUGGGUAUCGAGUGUAAGGAGCUUAAAGCAUUCUGUAAGGAAUUCAACAUCGAGUUGGUUAAUACCAUACCGUACUGGCCGCAGGCAAACGGUGAGGUGGAACGGCAGAAUCGGAGCAUCUUAAAACGGUUGCGAAUAUCGCAGGAGCUGGGCAAAGAUUGGCGCCUUGAGUUGCGGAGAUAUCUGCUGGCAUACCAUUCUACAUCUCACCCGACCACUGGUAGGUCCCCGUCGGAAUUGCUGUUUGGACGUAGGAUCAGGAAUUAG